AAACAAACUUGAGUAAGCUAAACCUCUCACUUAUUUCAGUAGACCUACGCUACACACAGUGUUAGGAAGGCAAAGGGACAGCAGAACAGUGAAACAGUGACUUACUGCCUGCCUUGACACAACUUUAAGGUGAUUCUUUUUUGUGAUUUCAGGCAUCACUUAACAUUCAUAGUCAUUUUAUGGCACUAGACUUCAGUUGUACCUUGAGCUAUGCUUAUGCAGUAGAAACUGAAAAGAACGGAACAGGAGCAUUGCUUCGUUGCAGGUUGGCAGACGUGAGGAUUCGGUUCAAGUGGGAAAGAAAAAAAUAAAUCCUGGCACAAAGCAUUUGAAAUCAGAAAGAAUAAAUAAAAAUCCAGAUGGAUGUUCUUCUAUAUGCAGCAUGUGCUGUUGGAACAGGGCUCACCGUAUUGUAUCUCUUAGUUCGCUAUAAUGGGUACAUGGCCCUGUUGUGGCAUGACUUCAUAUAUGAGCGACUCAAAGACUUCCUGACUGGUACCUCCCGCCCAGAGAGAAUUUUGAAGCAUGUUCAGAAGACCGCUGUCCAGGGUGAUCCUCUAAGCGUGGUGAACGCCAUUGAUGAUUUUUGUAAGAAGAAGGAAUGGGCCAUGAAUGUAGGAGAUGAGAAAGGACAAAUCCUGGAUAGGGAAGUCUCAAAAGCAAAUCCAGAUAUUGUACUUGAGCUGGGAACCUAUUGUGGAUAUUCUACUCUCCGCAUUGCCAGGCUGCUGAAGCCAGGAGCUCGCCUUCUUACCGUGGAGUUUAACCCUGCUUAUGCCAAGGUUGCAAGGGAGAUAAUACAUUUUGCUGGUGCAGAUGACAAGGUCACUCUUCUGGAAGGUUCAUCAGAGGACAUUAUACCGCAGCUGAAGAAGAAACACGAUGUCGAUACCUUUGCAUUUAUUUUCCUUGACCACUGGAAGGACCGUUACGUUUUGGAUACCCAGCUGAUGGAGAAAUGUGGACUGCUAAGGAAGGGAACAGUGCUUUUGGCGGACAAUGUGACCUGUCCUGGGUGUCCUGAAUAUCUUGAGUACGUCAGGAACAGCCCAAGUUACAAGAGUGAAUACUUCCUUGCUCACCUGGAAUAUACUCAAGCACCAGAUGGCCUGGAGAAAUCUGUCUUUCUAGGGUGAAAUACACCAUAGAUGAAAUUACUAUGUAAACUAUGAAAUGUUUGAAGAUUAACAAGGCAAAUAAAAUUAGCAUUUGGGAUCAGAGACUAUAAUACCACAAAAAUGUUGUAUCUUCUAGUGCAGUGGCGGAAUGCAGAUAGUGUUUCAUUUUCUGCAUCACAAUUACAACCUAAGAUAACUAUACAGUUGCCUGUAUUUAGUUUAGAUGUAUGGACUAUGUCAAAAGAAAACAGUGAAUUUACUGAAUGAUUGCUAGGAAUGAGUAAUAGCUGAAUGCUGCAGUUAUAUUGAAUAUACAUAAUUUUGCUAUAACUGCAACCUUCAGGAUGUGAUAUCCUACUUGUAAAAGUGGGGGGGGGGUAUUUGUUUAAUAUCUGUACAUGUGCUGUGAUGUCAAGCAAUAAUAAAUUGCCAGGUAGAUUACAGAUCUGUAUUUACCUAUUUUACAAUCUAGGUUUGUAUACACAUACACACACACACACAGACACACACAGACACAGACACACACAGACACAGACACA